CCUAAGGUAGCUGAGUCAGCUUACCCAGGAGCUCUCCGGAGCAGCGUUGCCAGAGCCAGCUCUAGAGCCAUUUCAACAGAUCACCUCGUUUAAUGCUCUUUGGCAGAGAUCAAAUCUACACGAUUUCUGGUUCUCUGAAACAGCGGGAGAUGCUAGAAUUCGAAUAUACCAUAGUAACUCAUUUGCUUUCUGCCACAUUAUACACAGAGUAUUCUCAGUACUGCCACAAUCCUAACACUGAACCUCUCGUUAUAAUAACGGAAAGCAGUGAAAACAACUUAUUGUUGUACAAUGGUAGAUGGAGUGAUGAUUCUUCCUGUGCUAAUGAUGAUUGCUUUCCCUUCCCCUAGUAUGGAAGAUGAGAAGCCCAAGGUAAACCCCAAACUUUACAUGUGUGUGUGUGAAGGCCUCUCCUGUGGGAACGAAGACCACUGUGAAGGCCAGCAGUGCUUUUCCUCACUGAGCAUAAAUGAUGGCUUCCAUGUCUACCAGAAAGGCUGUUUCCAGGUCUAUGAGCAAGGGAAGAUGACCUGUAAGACCCCGCCGUCACCUGGCCAAGCUGUGGAGUGUUGCCAAGGCGACUGGUGUAACAGGAACAUCACGGCCCAGCUGCCCACCAAAGGGAAAUCCUUUCCUGGAACACAGAAUUUCCACUUGGAGGUCGGCCUCAUUAUUCUGUCUGUAGUGUUUGCAGUAUGCCUUCUAGCUUGCCUACUGGGAGUCGCUCUCCGAAAAUUUAAAAGGCGCAAUCAAGAACGCCUCAAUCCCAGAGAUGUGGAGUACGGCACCAUCGAAGGGCUCAUCACCACCAAUGUUGGAGACAGCACUUUAGCAGAUUUAUUGGAUCAUUCAUGUACAUCAGGAAGCGGCUCUGGCCUCCCUUUUCUGGUACAAAGAACGGUGGCUCGUCAGAUCACACUGUUGGAGUGUGUCGGGAAGGGCCGGUAUGGUGAGGUGUGGAGGGGCAGCUGGCAGGGGGAGAACGUCGCUGUGAAGAUCUUCUCCUCCCGGGAUGAGAAGUCAUGGUUCAGGGAAACAGAAUUGUACAACACUGUGAUGCUGAGGCAUGAAAAUAUUUUAGGUUUUAUUGCUUCAGACAUGACAUCAAGACACUCCAGUACCCAGUUAUGGUUAAUUACACAUUAUCACGAAAUGGGAUCGUUGUAUGACUAUCUUCAGCUUACUACUCUGGAUACAGUUAGCUGCCUGCGAAUAGUGCUGUCUAUAGCUAGUGGUCUCGCACAUUUGCACAUAGAGAUAUUUGGGACCCAAGGGAAACCAGCCAUAGCUCAUCGAGAUUUAAAGAGCAAAAACAUCCUGGUUAAGAAGAAUGGACAGUGUUGCAUAGCAGAUUUGGGCCUGGCAGUCAUGCAUUCCCAGAGUACCAAUCAGCUCGAUGUGGGGAACAACCCCCGUGUGGGCACCAAACGCUACAUGGCCCCUGAAGUUCUAGAUGAAACCAUUCAGGUGGAUUGUUUUGAUUCUUACAAGAGAGUUGAUAUUUGGGCCUUUGGACUUGUCUUGUGGGAGGUGGCCAGACGUAUGGUGAGCAAUGGUAUUGUGGAGGAUUACAAGCCACCAUUUUAUGAUGUGGUUCCCAAUGACCCAAGUUUUGAAGAUAUGAGAAAGGUGGUCUGUGUGGAUCAACAGAGGCCAAACAUACCCAAUAGAUGGUUCUCAGACCCGACAUUAACCUCUCUGGCCAAGCUGAUGAAGGAAUGCUGGUAUCAGAACCCAUCCGCGAGACUCACAGCUCUGCGGAUCAAAAAGACUUUGACCAAAAUUGAUAAUUCCCUAGACAAAUUGAAAACGGACUGUUGACAUUUUCACGGUGUCAAAAAGGAAGAUUUGUCGUUGUCAUUGUCCAGCUGGGACCUAAUGCUGGCCUGACCGGCCGUCAGAACAGAAUCCAUCUGUCUCCCUCCGCAAGUGGCUGCUUUGAUGAGGCAGACAUUCUACCCAGCCGCGUGCGGGGGAGACACCAAAACCACCCUAACCUCGCUCAAUGACCGUGAACUGGGCAUUUCACAAACUGUUCACACUACAGAGACUAAUGUGGGACAGACGCUGUUGCAAAGGUAGGGGAACUGGAGGAACACAGAGAAAUCCUAAAAGAGAUCUGGGCAUUAAGACAGUGGCUUUGCAGAUCCUUCACAAGUCUCCUAGACUCUCCCCAUGGGAAACUCACGGAGGUGGUGAAUUUUUAUCAGCAAUAUUGCCUGUGCUUCUCUUCUUUAUUGCACUAGGAAUUCUUUGCAUUCCUUACUUGCACUGUUACUCUUAAUUUUAAAGACCCAACUUGCCAAAACGUUGGCUGCGUACUCCACUGGUCUGUCUUUGGAUAAUAGGAAUUCAAUUUGGCAAAACAAAAUGUAAUGUCAGACUUUGCUGCAUUUUACACAUGUGCGGAUGUUUACAAUGAUGCUGAACAUUAGGAAUUGUUUAUACACAACUUUGCAAAUUAUUUAUUACUUGUGCACUCAGCAGUUUUUACAAAACUGCUCCGUGCAUAUGUUAAAGCUUAUUUUUAUGUGGUCUUAUGAUUUUAUUACUGAAAUGUUUUUAACACUAUACUCUGAAAUGGACAUUUUCUUUUAUUAUCAGUUAAAUUCACAUUUUAAGUGCUUCACAUUUGUAUGUGUGUAGACUGUAACUUUUUUCAGUUCAUAUGCAGAAAUGUAUUUAGCCAUUACCCAUGUGACACCACCGAAUAUAUUACUGAUUUAGAAGCAAAGAUUUCAGUAGAAUUUUAGUCCUGAACGCUGUGGGGAAAAUGCAUUUUCUUCGGAAUUAUCCAUUAUGUGCAUUUAAACUCUGCCAGAAAAAAAUAACUAUUUUGUUUUAAUCUACUUUUUGUAUUUAGUAGUUAUUUGUAUAAAUUAAAUAAAAGGUUUUCAAGUCAAAAA